AUGCAACAGAUGUCUACUCAGGAUCACGCUCGCACCGCUCUCACUAUUACUGCUGAGCAGGAAGCCUUCAAACUCCUGGAGCUACCUCAAGGCAUCUUAGACCUCAUCUCAUCGCCUGAGCCACCAAUUCUGCAUAUCAAGUCGCUCGACGCAUUAUCAUCAUCAUCAAAGCCGGCAUAUGUCGCGCUAUGUACAAAAGAUCAGACGUACCAAUUGCGCCAGGUCCAGACAUCCAAUUCAGUAUAUGUCACUCGUGCAGCUCCCUUUCGUAGUCCGGGAUCUAUUUUGCCACAAAGCAGCGUCUCAGCUAUAGCGUCUUGCAGCCAUACCCUUGAACUGCAUCCCUCCAAGGAUUCACCGCUUGUGGUUCUUCGGCAGCUUCUUCCCGAGUACAGAGAGGCUGACGACGUAGUCUUGCUUAACAACAGCGCACGUAGCAAAGUCGAGAUAUUUGCUAAUAUACCUUCCUCAGAUGGCGAGUGUGAAAGAGCCUGGGGCGAACUUUGUGCUUUCGAAGUAGAAGGUCGUAGCUGGUGUCCGUCCCCCGCCGCCAUCCAUGAAGCCUGGCGUGUAUUACUGACGGCUGCGAUUGCCGAAAGCAUCCCACUAAUAUCAAGCUUUUCUUUGGCGAAGCUUCAUGACACCUUGAUGGACGAGAAAAUGCCUAUCGAAUUCUUUGAGUCCCUGAUCCUUCGAAUCUCGACUGCUGGACAUAGCACUGAAGAGCUGACUCUCGACAAACCUCUUACAAUUGAAUGGCUUGGUAAGGUGACGCUGCAGGUGCUCACUGAAACCAAUUCAGAAAUACCAUUGAGUCAAUUUAUGGCGGCUUGGCGUGAAGCUCUACCUGAUGAAUGGGAACAGGAUGUCAAGAUAGACGCUAUCAAGGGCUUCUACACACAACCUAACCCACGGUUAAUCGCCGUCAAAAGCCAUAUUGCAGAUCGCACAGUCAAUUCCAAGAGCGGCAAAUGGCACGAGAAAUUCAAGGCUCGUCGAUGA